CCAAUGAAUGCUCCCCGUGUCUGGUCGUGGGUCUGACUUUAUCCCUGCACUGAUACCAACACUGUCCUUUUCCCCAUCGCCUUACACCAAGGGCAGGGGGGUGUGCAUCGGCAGAAAAUAAACAACGCUUAAAACUUUCUUUAGUGAAAGUUCAUACUCACACUUUUUGUGUAUUUUAAACAUCUUUUCACUCGCUUAUUGGAACCGCGUAGAGGCCUUUUUUUCCAUCUCUAAAUUUUGUAAUAUAUUAAAAGCAACGUAACUUCACCCAAGAUGAUCGACACAGUGACCGGACCCGGAGCACAGCCCUUUGCAGUUCAGCUGAAGGCCCUGACGGAUCUGGAGGGCCGAUACCAACCAAAGCUGAGCGGCUUGAGACUCAUCGAGAGCUCCCAGGACAAUGGUCUCAGGAUGACCACCAGACUGAGGGAGCUGGAGGUGAAGGACCUGCUCUCUCUGACCAGGUUCUUUGGUUUCAGCUCGGAGACCUUCUCACUGGCCAUCAGCUUGUUGGAUCGAUUCCUCUCUGUGAUGAAGAUUCAACCAAAGCACCUGUCCUGCGUGGGCCUGUCUUGCUUCUACAUUGCCGUGAAGUCUGCAGAGGAGGAGAAGAACGUGCCUCUGGCCAACGAACUGAUCCGCAUCAGUCAGAAUCGCUUUAUAGUGUCUGACAUGAUGAGGAUGGAGAAGAUCAUCAUGGAGAAGCUCUACUGGAAGGUGAAGGCCCCCACAGCCCUCCGCUUUCUUCGCCUUUUUCACAGCCACAUUCAGAAGCAGCUCGACGAUGAGAGCAAGAAGAUACUGAGCCUUGAAAGACUGGAGGCGCAACUGAAAGCCUGUCACUGCUCAUUUGUCUUCUCCAAGUUAAAGCCAUCUCUGCUCGCUAUGGCUCUCCUGUGUUAUGAGGCCCUGGAACAGCACGACCCCGAGUACACUGACAACAUACCAGAGGCCCUGAAAGGUCUGCAGCAGCAGCUGAACAUCAGAGAUGGGGACCUGGUUUGUGUGCGGGAGUUGGUUGGGAAAUGCCUGGCUGAAUACGCCACCACCAGGUGCUCCAGGCACAGCAUCCAGAGGCUUCGCUGGACUAUUUCGGGAAGAACUGCACGUCAGCUGAAGCACAGCUACUACAAGAUCACUCAUCUUCCCACCAUACCAGAGUCGGCUUGUUAAUCCCGGGGGUACGAACGGGUGACCUUACAUGCAGGGAAAAAUUGCAACUGUCCUUGAAUUGUCUGUCAUCUAAUUGGAUGCAACUUUUGGGUGAUAUUCUUGCAGUGUGGUUACCUACGUACAGCUCCAGUUAUUUUCCUUACAGAUCUUCAUCUUAAUGAUGGAUAUCUUUAAGGAAAAUCAACAAAAAUAUAUCUUACUGAUUUACUUAGUCUUUUAUUUAGCCCCAAUGACGAAGUGUAAUGCUUCGUCAGAAAGGUUUAUCUACCGUCAUCCUGCUAAGUUUUACUUUCCUGGCUGAGUGGCUUGCAAAAGUGUACAGUAUGAUCUUGAUAAAAUCCGUACCAUGGUGUUUGGUAUUUCCUGGUACGGGUUGCUGGUUUUAAGCCAAUAAGUAUAUAACCACCUAGGUCCUCAGUCCACUAUGUGGAAGAGGAGGGAGAAGGAUUUUGUGAAUAGCAAAAAAGAAACCAAGAAAUCGGGCCCAAAAUCCUUAACUCUCACCCUAGGUUGCUAAACUGUCCUGAUUGCACACUCCUACCCAAGGUGAUGAUUUUUUUGUUUUUAUUUUGAUACUGGUUUUCUCCAGUGAAGCGAGGCUAUUGACGAUCCUGUCAUGUAUGGCUGACCAUACAGUUUGAGCUGAAAUGCCAGUGAUUACAGAUGAGUUGUUUUCACCAAUUUGUUUAGAGUGACGUACCUACACGUAUUAAUUGAGUUUGGUUGUCAAUUAUACAGCAAAAAAUAAAUAAAAUGCUUGUUGCAGUGGAAAUGUG